AUGUCGUCCAACAACACCUCGGCCAGUGUCUCCAUCGAUAAGUUCGAUGGGGACAACUACUCAACCUGGUGUCGCUACAUGCGCGGCGUGUUUCUGACGAAGUCAGUCUGGUACGUCGUGAACCGCGAAACGUCUCCAACCUUCACCGACACGCGAGCUUCCGACGAGUACGUCAAGGCGAGCAACAUCGCGUUCGGGUUGAUGUUGCUCCACAUGGACGCCGACUACCACCAUGUGGUCGACAACUGUGAAGAAGCAUGGACAGCGUGGUAG